AUGGGAACCUGUCUGGAUUGGCUGAGUCUUCUGAAUGCUCUCAAUGUGACCCUGGGACCUAUUGUAUGGGGUCAGGAAAUGUGUCACCAACUGGCUCUUGCAGUGCUGGAUUCUUGUGUUUUGGAGGAGCCGUCCUUCCCUCCCCAAAUGAUAAUGAGACUGGAAUACCGUGUGCAACUGGGUCUUACUGUCCAGCUGGAAUCAGUGGACCCUGCUUGCCAGGGUUUUACUGCAGUGAAGGAUCUCAGACUUCAGCUCCCGUGUCAGCCGUGUAUGGUGAUAUUUGUCCUCCAGGUCACUACUGUGAAAUUGGUAGUGCUGUGCCAACUCCAUGCCCAGUGGGCAGCCGGCGCCCUGAUAGUGGGGGAAAGGGCACAGAUGAUUGCAUGCCUUGCCCUGGAGGUCAGUUUCAGGAUCAGAAGGGACAGAGUGAGUGUAAACCCUGUCCUCCAGGUUUCCAUUGCAUCAACCUCACAAGAGGCUUUAUGGGGGUCAGCACUCCUUUGGUCUGUCCUGAAGGCUUUUACUGCCCCAAUGAGACUCAGUCUGGAAACCCAGUUCCAUGUCCCAAAGGCACAUACCGUGAUUCUCUUGGCCUCAUUUCAGCAGAGCAGUGCCUGUUGUGUCCUAUGGGACAUUUCUGCGGUUCAGAUGGACUCUCUGAGCCCUCGGGGGCCCUGUGCCCCUGGAUUCCUCUGUUUUGUGCAGGCCACAGUUCCCAACCCCACUGACAACAGCACUGGCACUUUGUGUCCACCAGGGGCAUACUGCCUUCUGGGAACAAGAGCAGGUGAAUGUUCUGCGGGCUACUACUGUGACUGGGGCUCCAACAGUCCGGAGCAGAGCCUCUGUCCUGCCAGUUUCUAUUGCCCCACAGGCACACACAAGCCCCUGGCCUGCACUGCAGGCACUUACAGCUCCGUUAUGGGCAACAGUCACCGAGAAAAUUGUGAGCCAUGUCUAUUAGGCUACUACUGUCAGGGGGAAGCAGUAGCAGAGCCUCUUCCAUGUCCACCGGGGCAUUUCUGCCCCACAGGCACAUCACAGGGCACUCAGUUCCUCUGCCCUCCAGGAACAAUGCAGCCACAGUCUGGGACAGCAUGUUUUGUGCUCGCCAUGGUCUUUCAGAGCCUACAGGGCGCUGCCAGGAUGGAUUUCACUGCCCUUCGGGGUGCCACAAGUCCCAACGGCACUGGAAACAUUGAAUCUACAGGCAACAGCAUGUGCCCGCUUGGCCAUUAUUGCCCAACUGGUAUCGGCUCUCCUCUCCCAUGCCCCGCUGGAACAUUCUCCAGCUCCCCAGGGUUGAGUGGGGCGGAGCAGUGUCAACCGUGUCCUCCUGGGUACUUCUGUGAGCAAACUGCUAUGGUGUAUCCAUCAGAAGCAGCUCUCUGUGAUGCUGGAUAUGUGUGUAUCAAUGGCAGUCGUAGUGCUCGACCGGUAGAUGGACUACAGGGUUAUAUUUGUCCGAGCAGACACAGUUGCCCCAUUGGUACUCCAUUGGAAGUGCCUUGUGAGCCUGGCACAUACAGCAGUGCUCCUGGUGCCGCCCACUGUCUCUCAUGCCCAGCUGGCACUAUGUGUCCUUCCCCUGGCACACAGGAGCCAUCCCCAUGUCCCAUGGGUCAUUUUUGCCCUGUUGGCACUGCUGCAGCUGUACCCUGUCCUGUGGGCACACUGGGACAGGUUACCAGGGCUCAGUCGGAGGCUGCCUGUGUGCCCUGCCCUACUGGCCUCUACUGCAGUUCACCUGGAACAUCACAACCACAGGGCCAGUGCCAGCAGGGUUAUUUUUGCCAAGGAGGGUCUCCAAAUCCUGCUCCUCUGAAUAUAACUGGCUACCUCAGGAAUGGCCCCUGUCCGCAAGGUCACUUUUGCCCUUCUGGAACCCUAAUGCCUCUGCCUUGCCCAGCAGGCAGCAUUCGUAACCUCACAGGGGGUUACUCCAUAGAAAGCUGUCUUCCCUGUCCAGCAGGGCAUUACUGUGCUAGCGAGGGCCUGGAUGCUCCAACUGGACCCUGUGCUGCAGGCUUUUACUGCCCCGUAGACUUCUCCUCCACCACUCCGCAUGCCUUCCUCUGCCCCAAGGGUCAUUACUGUCCCUUGGGCUCAGCCCUGGCCUUGCCCUGCCCCACGGGACAGUACCAGCCGAAUCCGGGCUCGGAUAACUGCAUCCCCUGCCGUCCAGGCUAUUACUGUGAGGAGGCAAUUAUCGGAGAUCCCCGGCCUUGCCCGCCACACUCCUACUGCCCUGCAGCAACAAUGGUUCCUCAGCCCUGUCCCAAUGGCACAUACACCCCACUUGAGGUCGGGGGUUUGCAGGAGGAGAGAGAGUGUUUGCCGUGUCCACCAGGAAAGUUCUGCAAGGCUGGCCAGGUGAAAGGCCUGUGCGCUGCUGGAUUCCUGUGCAUCUCUGGCAGUUCAGAGUUCACUCCUCAAGCCGCCUUUCUUCUCAACAGAGACCAGUGUGAGUGGGGAGCACAGUGUACUGGACUGUGUCCUGCUGAGAUGUUCACACUGUCACAGAGUGUGUUUACUCCUGCUCCUGUGUUUGGACAGGCUUUUAUUGCCCUGAAGGCACAGAGGAACCUUUAUCUUGUCCUGCCAACACUAUAA